CGGACACCAAGGAGAAAGUCUGGACUAUGCCCCCAAGGGAGAAGGUUCUCUAAGGAUCCAAAACGUGUUUAUGAAUAAAGGUUGAGGGUGACAAAUGGGUCGCUGAGGAACUGAAGCUUGGAUCUUCUUAGCAAGGGAAUGCUAGUACAGAAGCCCCGUGCCUCGCAAAGGGAAAAGGGCGCUUGGAGACCCAUUCAAGGCGGGACCAGAAAGGAUCUCACCUGGGCCACUAGCUCUCUGGCCAGCUUGCUUGCCAUCAUUCGCUCCCUCAGUUCUUGGCCCCAGCGAGCAACCACUCUCGCGCCAGGAAGCAGUUUUGGGUGGUGUGAGCACUGUGCGCUUCUUGGCUAGUUGGAACCGUGUAUCCAACAAAGAAAGCUUGGUGGGCCUGGCCCCUGUCAGCCCAGCGCCAAUGAGUGCCAGGGCGCCCAAAGAGCUGAGGCUGGCGCUGCCGCCGUGUCUCCUAAACCGGACCUUUGCUUCCCCCAAUGGCAGCGGCAACGCAGGUGUCCGCGGCCCCGGCGCAGGCGGUGGUGGCGGCACCUGCAUCACGCAGGUGGGACAGCAGCUCUUCCAGUCCUUCUCCUCCACGCUGGUGCUGAUUGUCCUGGUCACACUCAUCUUCUGCCUCAUUGUGCUGUCGCUUUCCACCUUCCACAUCCACAAGCGAAGGAUGAAGAAACGGAAGAUGCAGAGGGCUCAGGAGGAAUACGAGAGGGAUCAUUGCGGCGGUAGCCGAGGUGGUGGAGGGCUGCCCCGAGCAGGAGGUCAGGCCCCAACCCAUGGCAAAGAAACCCGGCUGGAGAGGCAGCCCCGAGACUCCACCUUCUGCACCCCUUCUAACACCGCAUUCUCGUUCUCCUCCUCCUCGUCCCCCGGCCUCCCGUGCCAGGGUCCCUGUGCUGCUCCACCUCCACCGCCAGCCCCCAGUCCACAAGGAGCGCCCGCAGCUUCCUCCUGUUUGGACACAGCUGGCGAGGGCCUUUUGCAAGCGGUGGUACUGUCCUGAUUGUCUAGCCCCUCUCCUCAUCCCUGCUGCCUUUCCAGCAUCUUUGCCAUCCUUGCUUUUGUUCUUCCUUCCUGUUCCAUGUUCCUCUGCCCCUCUUCCUCUGCCUCCUUUCCUGAUCUGUUCUCCCUGUUACUGUUUCUCCUCCGCCGAGGCACUGUGCGGUAUUUGUAAAUAUAGGGCGAGGAAAGUCUCGGAAGAAAAAAUAACGCUGAUAGUACUUUAUUAAUAUUUAUAGCAAUUAUUAUUAUAAUACUAAUAACACAAUCCAAGCGCAUGACAAAUCACAUAAUUUCUCAUUGUCAAUGAAAGAUGCAUCUUCCCUCUCCACCCCAUGCCCCUUUCAAUGAGGAGGAGAAACCGCACAAGCUACCAAAUAUCUAAGAAGACAUUGACACCCCGAGCAAAGGGAGGGGAGGUAGUCCAGUAAUGUUGUAUAUAGCAGCCAAGUUAAGGUUUAGUUGCCUUCCCCCCCCCCCCAGCUUUUACUUUUCAUUUAGCCUUUCUCCAUUCUUUCUCCCACACCCACCAUCAGCCGGGCUCAGGCAGUAAUAGAUUAUAAAGAAAACAUCUACAUUAAGCACCAGAACUUUAAGAGGCUGCAGAGAAAGCCUCAGAAAAAAACGUUUAGUUCAGGUACCCCUCCCCAGUCAGCCAUUUUCUCACUGUCUUUGGUUAACCAUUACUUUUUCCACCACAGAGUAGUUUAAUUUACUUUUAGAAAUUUCUCUCGAUGGCUGAGCAUAAAAUCUUCCAAUGCGGUAAAUUAAAAAAUAAAUAAAACUGUUUUUACUCCCUGCCCCUCCCCACUCGGACAGUUUUGACUUGAUGCAUUUUUUCCAGGAGUCACAGAGUACCCUGGAGCUGUCCAGUCAGGUCUGGUGCUGAAUUCCCCUCACCAUCGUGGUAACUUCCUGGGGUUGUGAAGGCCAAGAAGGGGUUGUUUUGGAAAGUGACUAUACUGGCUUUGGUUGGUUUCUUUCUUCUUUUUCUACAAUCAGGCUAGCGUGUACUAUUGAUUUUCUUAUUAUUAAACGUUGCAUAAGUUACCUUUUUGUAAAAAAAUAAGUAUUAGGUGAUGUGCAGUACUGAAAAUGCAGUAUCUAACCAACCUGAAUGUUUCUGUUUUAUUUUUAGAACAAGUGCAGCUUUGUUUUUAUAUAUAUAUACAUAUAUAUAUUUAUUUAUUAUAUUGGUACCAAAUAUGGAAGAAAACUAUAGUUCUGUACUGAGUACUGCUAACUGUGUAUUGUUGUUCUUACUUUCCAGCUGUUGAUAUAAUGGUUACCACUGGCUGAGGAAUUCAGUGGUACAGGCCUGGCUUCUGCUGUUUCCAGAAGUGUUCUUUUGUAUCUUACUCUGUAGUAGACUAUUAUAAAAUGAUGACACAGAUGUUUCCCUUUUUCUUUUGCGAAUAACAGAAACAACCACCACAACAGAAAACAAACAAGUAAUGGAUGAGCAGGAAUGCCAUCUAUUAAAACAUGAUUAAUAUUUAAACAGUGCCUGUAGUUCUCUGCAUGUAGUUACCACCUGGAGGCAGUGGUGUGUGUGCUUGCUCGUGCUGUUGUGUUUGGGGGAGGGACUGGUGGGGAUGUUGGGCAAUUUGGAUGACAGGACAUGCAAAUUUCAAGAGAAGUUAAAUCAGGAAAUACAUUCAGGAUAAAAAGGCUUUCAGCCCAUAUCUGUGCCUGAAUCUGAGAUACAGCAAAAGAGGUUUUUUUUCUACUUUCUGAGUCUUGCUUGUCUAAUUUCACUGAAUACGUUGAAAAAAAUAUUGAGUAAAAAAGAAAGAAAAGAUAACUAUUUUAUUCUCUCUUCUAAUGCCAGACAAGCCCACCUAUGUUAGAAAUGGAGUUGGCCUGUGGUUAUGUAUAACUUUGUUUUCCUUGGACAUAUGAUCAAAGGGCCUAGAAGUUCAUUAUGUCUUAAUUAUUUACAUCAGUAUCCCUUUGGAGACUAAUUCUUUGACAGCUACUCAAAUGUUUGGAAAAUGUAUGAAUGAAGAUGAUCAGUAACAAAAAAAUCUUAACCAAAAUAGUACUUACUAUUCUGCAAAUCCCUUCCCAAAGUACAGAAGACCAUCACCUAAUCAUACCAUGUUGUAACAUUAGAAGGACCAAGUAAAAUAUUUGGAUACAAUACAUUAAACAAUGAACUAGAUUCUCUCCAGUGCCUUAGUCACUUCCUAGUAAUAGGUCAGAGUGCAUUAACUCCCUCAGGCUACUAAGGUACCCUAUAGUGCAUCAGAGCUCUACAUUGUACAACAGAAUGACUAAGGCACUGUGAAGAAGAAAGUCCAUUAAUUUCUGUAGCUUGCCCUCAUUCAGCUGUAGUUCUUAAUACAUUCUUACAGAAUAGCUUUUGGACUUGACAUUUGAAUAGAAUGAGGAGCUCAGAAGGAAGUUUUCUCAUUUCCAGUGAGCUCUACUGAAGUGCAUGGAUAUUACUUUCUUCCCCUUAUUUGGUGCACUUUUUAAUAGUGAAUAAUUUCCCAUUUUAUUAAAGCAAUAAGAUUCUGUUGUGAGCAGUGCUAGAUGAUGAUUCCAUUUCCUUGGUGCUGAAGCUACUCAUAUGUUCUUGCCUUAUGAAUCACAGUGCAUUCAAGGCAUGCAAUAAUAAUCCCCUUUCAAGGAGAAGCCUGUACACCCUAGGGGGCAAUGGCCUAUUUAAUUUUUCCAAAAGAAUAGAAGGAACAAGAAAUAAGCUAAUUAUAUGUAUUAUAAAAAAAAUCUUGAUACCUCUAAACAUGGACACACAUCUGUAAUAUGUUAUUAUUGUGCACCUUUAAAUAUACAUGCCUUUCUCCAUUAAUUGACUAUGAUUUAAUAUUUAUGAUACUGUCCUGUAUACCGAUACUGCAGCUUGUUAAUCACAUUUCACACUGACUUUAAUAUAGUCUGAAUCUGAUGGUGUCACAUAAGAUUUCUGUGAGCUGAAGUGAGAAUUACAUACAAUUCUAGUAGGUAAGUUCCCAUACCAAAUUACUGCAAUAAGUACAUGUCAACUUUUACAGAAUUUAUUCAAAGCACUGCUUCUCAUAGAGCUCAACUGACACACAGGACAUUUAGGUUUUUCAUUUCUAUGAAACACAAGGCAAUAUGGAAAUAGCUAAAUUUACUUUAAGGACUUUAUUCCCCGAUGUCCCGUCAAACUAAUUGCUUCAACCCCCUUUAGCUACAGCUCAACUUCUGCACUUGUAACUCAGUAUUAAUAAGGUGGCAUGCUUGAUUCUUAUUGGUUUUUUAAAUGAGAACAUUGGAGAGAGAAUGCCAUUAUGUCAACUGUAUAGGACUCUGAUGCUUUAAGAUGUAGAUGGAUAUAAUCUUUAGAAUUUAUAUACACCCAUAGAUAUGUAUUUAUAUAUGCAUACAUUUUGUACAAAUUUACAAUGAACUUUUUGUAUUCUCUUUUCUGUCAUUGCAACAAUGAGGUAGAAGCCAAAUAGUUGUUCUGUCCUCUUAUCUAGGGAGGAUAAUGAGAAGCCAGGUAUAUGCAUGCACUUGUUUCUCUGGAGUCAAAUCUGAAUGACUUUCUCUUUAGUUAAUGGAAGGGGAGAGUCCUUGUUGGCUUGAGAAAUUAAAUAAAUUUCAUUCCCUAUGUUAGUGACUCAAAUGUAGCAACAAUAAUGAAGUUAUGACUGCAUAAAUAUGGUCCAACUAUCUAGAUGGAAUGCCAAACUACUCAAAAGAGGCUUAGGCCAAUCUAGACCAUGGUUGUGGAUUGUAGUUUGAGAUUUCAUAUUUUAGCCUAUAUGUUUUGUGAGAUAUAGCUUAUAUCUGCAUAGCUAAAGAUAAAAUGAGAAUAUGAUUAUUAUUUGUCUAGUUUCACAAGUAGUUUUUGGAAAAUAUUAACAAGUUAGCUUUCAAAAUUAUUUGACAACUAACUUUUCCACCAUUUCUAUCUGUAUCAGUUGAAUUAAUUAGAUAAUGGUUGAAAGUUUAUUUUUCCAAUGAACAAACAUAGGAUUUAAAUGCUUUUCUGUGUAUAACAGCUAAGAAAUUACUAUCUGUUACCAACUGAAACUUGUGGGCUAAAUUCAAACCAAAAAAGUUUAAUAUAAAGUGGCUAGUCUCCUAAACCCCACUUCCAUGUGAAUGUGGACUUUGACUUGUACUCUGAAAAGCCACUCAUUUAUGUUUUGGAACUAGAGAAGUGGCUCACAGAUAUUUCAGCUCAUGUAAUAAUGAUUUGCCCUAUGUGCAGGAGGGUAUUUAGACAUUGGACUGAACACAAAUAUGACUUUGAUUUUUAAGUUUAUUUGGUAACAUUUGAGAAAACAAUUUUGUGGAAUGACAUCAAUACUUAUUAAUAUUACCAACCUAACAAAACUAUUGAUGCCAUGUUGGACUGUUUAUUUGGGAAUAAGAAUUAGCUUUAAUUGGAGACAAUGAAUUAUCAAGGUUGUUUAACUUGUUUGAGGCAGGGUAUUUACCUGAGACCUGUAACUGCAUUGGGUUAUUUCUGCAGAGAGAUUAACAAUAACAAUAGUGGCAACACCAACUGAAAAACUGAGUUUUGAACUUGAGUAUAUACAACAAGUAGAAUAAAACAUACUAGAAUUCAUGAAAUUUUGUUUUGCUUUUCUAUCAAUAAAAGAAUUUUCUUGUUAA